CUAUGUGUUUAGUAGGGGGCUAGGUGUCUUUAGAAUUCGACUGUAACGCAUGAUGAAGGCUGGCGUUAGAAAUUUUCGGGAUUUCCUGCAGUUGUACAACAAUGUCACUCAGACUUGCUUCGAUGCGUGUGUAACUGAUAUGCACUACAGGAAGAUGACAGAUAGUGAGGGAAGCUGCAUUGAUACUUGCUCUAGCAAAUUUGUGAAUGUAAAUCACAGGAUGAUGUCACUGUUUAUGGAGCUAGCGCCGAAGCUUGGUUUCCUGUCUCAGCCUGGAGGCAAUACAGGCAACCCUCUUACAAAGUGAAGACGAACACAAUGU